CAAGAAUCUCUGUGUGAGAAACAUCAAGAAACUUCAAGAUUCAAGGACUUGGAUCCGAGCCAUGGCGGGAUUCACCAUGAGCUUGAACUUGCUUCUACUAGUAGCAAUGGUAGCUACAAACAUCCUCUCACUCUACCACCUCUCCUCCACCACAAAUUUCUUCCAAUCCACCGUCAAAUCCACACAAUCCUCUGUUCCCACAGUUCCCGAUCACCUCCUCCGUCAGCUCCACACAAUCCGCGCCGCUAUUAACCACCUCACCACUCACCAACCAGACAAAUCAACUUCAACUGUAACCUCACGCGCCGCCGUAUCCUCCUCCUCCUCCUCCUCCUCCUCCUCCUCCUCCACCGCACCGAAAGAGCUUCUAAUCUACUCAAAGCUCUCACCUAUAGCUUCAGCUUGUCAUAAUUACCCUGACCUUCUUCAUGAGUAUAUGAACUACACUCCUUUCUCUCUUUGUCCUUCCGAUACCGAUCUCGUCGAGAAACUUAUCCUCCGUGGCUGCCACCCACUUCCUCGCCGUCGUUGCUUCUCACGAACGCCGCGAAAUCCUUCAGAUUCGAAACCUGAAUCGAAUGUUAUCUGGUCUUACUACUCUUGCAAAAGCUUUGAUUGUUUGAUAACUAAAUUCCCCGAUCUAGGGUUUGAUCUCUCCUUAGAGAAAUCCAAAUCUCAGUUCUCUGCUUACAAAUCCGAGCUUGAUUUACCGAUCUCGCAGCUUCUCCAGAUCGCUAAAUCAGCUAAUUCUGUUCUCCGUCUUGGAAUCGAUGUCGGUGGUGGUACUGGAUCUUUCGCUGCAGCGAUGAAGGCUCGUAAUGUUACGGUUUUGACCACGACGAUGAAUUUUAAUGCGCCGUAUAGUGAAGCGGUGACGAUGAGAGGGCUUGUGCCGCUUCAUGUGCCGCUUCAGCAGAGGCUUCCGGUGUUUGAUGGUGUGGUGGAUUUGGUUCGGUGUGGAAGAGCGGUGAAUCGGUGGAUUCCGGUGACUGUGAUGGAGUUUUUCUUCUUUGAUUUGGAUCGGAUUCUUCGUGGCGGUGGUUAUCUUUGGUUGGAUCGGUUCUUUAGUAAAAAAGUUGAUCUUGACAAUGUUUAUGCGCCGAUGAUCGGGAAAUUGGGUUAUAAGAAGGUGAAAUGGGCGGUGGCUAACAAAGUGGAUUCGAAACAUGGUGAAGUUUUCUUGACGGCUCUGCUUCAAAAACCUGUUGCAAGAUGAUUAAUCUUUUUUGAGGGCUAUUUCCUCGAGUUUGUAGCAAACAGCUUACUGUUGUUGAAGAUUUGGAAGGCAAGAUUCUUCGACGGUUUCAGACAUAGCUUUUUCCAGCUGUAAGCACACAAGCAAUCAUGUUAUUUCUGCGAAACAAGAACUAUAGGGAAUUGUAAGCCAAGAUUUCGUCUGUUGUUGUUAGAGAGAGACUGAUUAAUUGGUGGUAUACAUAAAUUAUGGACUCUUCG